UUUCUCCGCUGAAUAUGGGGAACCAAUUGGAAUGUUGUGGAAUGUCAAAAUAUGAAACCAAUCAGCUGGAGAGCGGACUGUCAUAACAAUUGGACUCCGUGACUCGAUUGAGGUUUUGGUUGGCACUUUGCCGGCUUUUGUUUUUCAGAUUUGUUCUAUUUUUUGUGGUUUUGAGUGGAGAAUUUGCGAAGAUGUUGCUGUUCGUUCGGCGAUGGUCGUAUUUUCUGCCGUGUGUCUACCUGAUGGCUUCCAUCCCGAUCUUCGAGCACAUCUACAAAGUGGCUCGGGUGGUGGUCGACGAGGAAUUCCACCUGCCGCAGGGUAAACAUUACUGCACGGGCAACUUCAAAGUGUGGGACAGUAAAAUUACCACGUUUCCCGGCUUAUAUAUUCUAACUAGUAUUCUGCUUCCACUCAAAAUAUGCACAACUUUCGCUUUACGAUUCAUGUGUCUAUUAGCGUCGGCAUUUAACUUGUUCCUCAUUAUAAAAAUCCAAGAAGUAUUUCACGGAAAAGUGAUUCACACACUUUUAGAUGCCUUGACAAUAACGUUACUUCCACCAUUGUAUUUUUUCGCGCAUUUAUAUUACACCGAUGUAAUUUCGGUCACCACUAUUUUGGGAAUGUAUAACUUUUGGUUGAGAGGCUAUCACAAGAGCACAGCGAUUGUAGGUGUUUGCAGCGUUUUAAUGCGACAGACGAAUAUUAUUUGGGUAAUGUUUUUCCUUGGGGUUUCGGCUGGGAAUGAACUAAUUAUCAAUACAAAACCAAUGCUUCCCGAAUAUAAGUCCAAGAAGGGUGACUCAAAGGAGAAAGUCAAUGCUGAUGCCGAUAUGGAUACACUCAUAAAAGUCAUUGGCUACAAUCUGAAGAACCCAACGUUUUUCAUUGGAAACAUAUCUCACAUUAUGCACAAGUUCUUAGGAUAUUUCUUAGUUCUUCUGGCAUUUGGCGCUUUUGUAUUAUACAAUGGUUCCAUUGUGGUAGGAGAUAAAACUGCACAUCAAGCCACUAUACAUUUACCGCAGAUAUUAUAUUGCACACUGUUCAUUUUGAUAUUUGGACCAUCGUUGGUACUGCAAAAUGGUUGGGCAGCUGCAAAGAAUUUCUUUAAACACAUCAAACUAACAGUAUUUCUGACUUUAUUUCUUCUAAUCGUUGUUAAGUAUAAUACCAUAGUCCAUCCAUAUUUAUUGGCCGAUAAUCGGCACUACACAUUUUACGUAUGGAAUAGAUUUUAUGGAAAAUAUGAGUAUGCAAAAUAUUUGCCGAUUCCUGUUUAUAUUUUUGGAUUGUAUCUUCUCGCAGAAUGUUUGAAGCAUAGACAAAUUGUGAUGCAAAUAAUGUAUUUUGUCUGUUUAGUCUUAGUUUUGGGGCUUCAAACAUUAAUUGAUGUUCGUUAUUUUCUUAUACCGUUUUUGAUAUUAAGACUGAAUGUACAGAGACUGAAUUGGAAGUGUUAUUUAAUUGAUUUGAUAUUAUAUCUAGUCAUAAAUAUGUUGACAUUUAAAAUUUUUAUUACAAAAGUGAUACAUUGGGAAAAUUACUCCUACCCGCAAAGAUUAAUGUGGUAAAUUAAAUUUAAUCAUCUGAAAAAAUAGUAAAUAAAGUUAGUUUUUUAUGA